UUCUCACUUUAAUCUUGUGUCCACCCAUUGGUUGUCCCACUGACGUUUCAUUGAAACGGGGAGGAGCGGGGAGGAGUUUUCACUGAAAGUUUCCAGGCAUCAUUUACAACUGAGCGGUUUUUGAAAAGAACAAUGGAUCACAAACCGUCCUUCGCGUUCCAGGCUGGUACAUCAGACCUGCAGCUGAUGGCCAGCACAGAAGCUGGCAAAGUCUCGAAAGACAACCUGAAGAGGGCAGCCCCGCGCCUCACCUCCGACACCAGGGAGCUGGCUGAGGCACAAGCUGUGUCAAGGGUCACAGCGCUGGGGGGCAACCCGGUGGACCGCUGGCAGCUCCUCAGCCAGACCGAGCUCCAGUUUGGUCAGUACCGGGGUCAGACUCUCCAGUGGCUGCUGUCAAAUGACGUGGGCUUCACGGCAACCAUUCUGGCAGGCCAUCAGGGAGAGCGUGAGGGGGGGGAUGUCAGCAGCACCCCCCUCAUGUGGAACAAAGAUGCUCUGCUGGAGUACGCCAGCCUCUUCGCCCCAGUGAUGGCAGCCGUGAGCAGGAAGAGAGCACCGGGCACGGCUGCAGAGCACGAGCAGCUGGUGGGCUUUGGGGCUUGGUCAGCCAUGACGUACAGGGACCUGUACGACACUGCGGAGAGGGAGCCAAGCACGUACAGGAAGUGGCUCAGGAGGCAGCCCGUCAGGAGGCCCGGGUCCCAACUGGCGCAGCUGAAGGACUACAUAGACAGAAGGGACAAGGAGAAGCAGCCUGUCGCCUCCUCAGCUGCAUCAGCAGCCGCCACCUCCUCAGCUGUCUCCCCCUCCACUACAUCUCCCCCCAAACAGCGGAGGAAGAGAAAGCCAGUGCUCCUGUCUUCCUCAGAGGACGAAGACGACCAUCUGAUGGUGGAGGCUGCGGCUCAGGUGGAGGCUGCUUUAGUAUCUGCUCCACCUCUUCCUCCUCCGCCGCCUCCUCGUCCUGCCCAGCAGCAGAGAGCUCUGGCACCACCUCCUCUUCAACUCGUCGCUCCUCCCCCUCAGCUGGUCCUGCCGGCAGCCUGGAGGAGCAGCCUCCCUGUAGAGCAGCACGAGUGGGUCAGCAGGGCUCUGUUUGUGGGCUACAAGUCAGGGUGGCCCGUCCUGUCCACGGACUAUCAGCUGUGGCACCACCCCCCCGGCCCCCGGCUGAAGUACUCCCAGCGGCCCUCCUCCCCAGAUGCUUUCUUCCAGCGGCCCUUCUUCUUCUGGGCGCCGAACAAAAUGUGGCAGUACCACCUGAAGUGCCCAAGCUGCGCACACAAGAUGACGGGUAGUGGUCUCUACAAGACCUUGCGCAGAGUUCUGGACACCAAAGGCUGGUACUACAUGGGGACGGAGUACCUGGAGUGCAGCUCCUGCAAAAAGAAGUGUGCCGGCUGGGCAGCGAACAUCAGUAGCCAGCUGGACCUGGACCACCAGCUGCUCUUCCCUGCUGUGCUGACCUACAGGCUCUCUUGUGACCGGAGGGUGCUGGCUCAAAUGGAGGGGCGCACGCUGGGCUACAGCGCCAGCGAGCUGCACUCCUACCUGGUGGAGCAGCACACGGCAGAGUGGAUGACGAGGAGCAUCCACUACCUAAACACCUGCAGGAAGUUUGAGGUUGCAGGUGUGCAGAUGCCACCUCCUCAGCCUCCACCACAGAUGGUGCCUGUCCCCAGCAGCGGCUUGCUUCUGUCCACCUUCGUCCUGGAGUCCUUUACGAGGAUCGAGGAGCUGAACGCCAAGGUGACUUCAACCUUUGGCUCCAUUCUCAAAAUGGACUCCACCAAGAAGGUGACCAAGAAGCUGGCGGGAGCAGACGCUGGUACCGCUCUGUGGAGGAGCAGCGUGGGGAACGAGCUGGGGCAGGUCCUGAUGUCCGUGCUGACGGCCGCUGAGGGCUACGGCCUGACCACGGCCAUGGUGCAGGGCCUGCAGGACCGGUACCGGCUGGCAGGGAAGGAGCCUCCACAGGUCCUGUAUGUGGACAGGGACUGCUGCCGGAGGGACGGAGGCACCUGCGCUGCAGCUGCUCUCUUCCCCGCCUGGCCACGCCUGGCUGUCAGGCUGGACAUCUGGCACUUUAUACGCCGACUGGCAGUAGGCGUGACCUCCGAGAGCCACCUCCUCUACCCCGAGUUCAUGCGGCGUCUCUCCAGCUGCAUCUUCGAGUGGGACCCGGAGGACCUGUCCCUCUUGGAGACGGCCCUGCAGGCGGACGAGUCCAGAAGGACGCCGUCCAGCAAGGAGUUGGGUCGGCACUGCCGCCGCCGCACGCGUGGGGCUCAGGAGACCGAGCGUCUCCUUGGAGAGGCGGUGGAGGCGUUCAAGGGGGCCACCGAUGCCAUGAACGUCCCCCUGCUGGACCGACGCCGCAUGGAGGAGAUCCUGGAGACACAGAGGCAUCACAUCCCCUGCAUUCAGCUACAGCCCUUACAGGAAACAAUUCAACAUGUUUCAUGUUCAGACAUUAAUUCAGACACUGAAUAAUCAGAGCCUCUCCCCUUCAGGAUCCUGCUGGUCUCCGCCUGUACACCAAGACGGGACAGCUGACCCGGGGGGGGGGUGUCUCUGUCCGUCUACCGCUGUGCCCGCGGCUCCACGUCCCUGGAGUCCUUCCACCUGCACCUCCACAGGUUCAUCCCGGGCUCCUCUGCGAGGGGGACAUUCCUCCAAAUAUUACUGUUGGAGGGGCUCACGAGGUGGAACGAGGACCGGGGAAAGGCGG